AUGGGCAUCGAGACGGACGCUGGAGUCGAAGCCGAGAUUAGAAUCGAUGGAGAAGAUCUACGCGCCGCUGAAGAGGCUGGCGAUCUGGCGGGCACGCUUGCGGCUCUGGCCGGAAUGGCAUCACAGGCUGCGCAUGCCGGUGCUCCCCGAGACGCUGUUGCCUACCUGGCGGCGGGCGCGUGCCUGGCCGAGGACGUCCUGCUUGAAGCCGCUGUCAUCGAGAAGAGUGCAGAGACGGAAGACGCCCGCGCGACAGCGGCAGCAGUCAUGACGACGCUCCGCUCCGAGCUGCGGAGCUUCCAGGCCGCCAUCGGAGUGGUCAUGGGCGACGCUGCUGGUGGUUUCACCCCUGCCCGCCCGCCUACGGCGCUGCCGGAGGAGACAGUGGUGCGGUGGCGGCAGCGGCACGCGGCGCUCAAGGCUGAGCUUGUCUCGGGCCUUGCUGCCGUUCUCGAAACGCCGCCGGAUGGCCCAUCACCGUCGGCCUCGCCCAUGCCUGAUGAGCCGCUGCCGCUUCCUCCGGCACUCGGCCUUGCGAGCCCACCGCUGCCGCCGGCUGCGGCCUCGCUCGGCAUCCUGCUUCACGCCGCAUCGGCCGGCGUCGAGGCGCUUCUCGCCGACAUUGCGGCUGCCUGCGGCGAAGCACUCGGUGUGCACUCGGUGGUCGGCAGUGCGGCGUAUGCUGUUGUAGCCCUCUCGCCUAUCGCCACGGCCGAGGCACACGUGCUCUCGCCGGUGGCCGUCGCCAUCCUGUACGGACCGGGCGGGAGCCAGCACGCCGACUGUCUCGCCCGGCUGGGCGAGCUUGUCGCCAUGGGCGUGGUGGCACUCGGAGGCACGCCAGCGUUUGUCCUCCGCGAGUCGACGCACUCGCCCGUCACGCCCGGUCUCCGCCUCGCCUCGGGCCCGUCCGUCUUUGUCGGCACGCCGCUGCAAUUCGCGCAGUGGGCCGUCCACCACCGCGUCGUCCGUCCGCUCUCGCUACUUGGCCCGGCGACCGCCGACGCGCGCGCGCUCCUCGACUCGGCGGUUGAGUUGCAGAGCGCUGCGGUCGACGCCGCCGUCGAGGUCGGCACCUCCCCGCCGCGAGCGUGGGUUCCAGACGCGGCGCGCUCUGCCUGCGCGCUCUGUGUCGCCAGCUUUGGCUUUCUUCGCCGUCGCCAUCACUGCCGCCAGUGCGGCGAGGUGGUGUGCGCUAGCUGCUCACCACAACGCAAGCCACUUCCCAAACUCGGGCUCGACAAGGCGGUCCGGGUCUGCCGCGAGUGCGCGCCGCACCCGCUGCCGAUGCGGCGCGAGCGCCACGACCGUGCGCUAGCCGCUCUCUCGGUCGCAGUUGUCCAGUUUGCGCCAAGCGUUUGGCACGUCGCCGCCAUCGACGGUGAGACCGUCUGCGGUGGGCCUGGUCGGCUUGGCACGCGGGUCUUUGACGCCCAUACAGGCGCCUGGGACUUUGUCCACACCGUUCUUGAUGGUCUUGCGCUGUACGCAGGCCUCGCAGGCACUUGGACAAGCACCAGUGGCCUUGUCGAGGCGCUUGUCGAGGACCAGCUGGUGAGCCCUCCGUGGGCGCUGCGGGUCUCGCAGCUUGUUGCUGCCCUCGCUGCGCUCCGGGUCGAGGCGCAGGUCUUCCACGGCACGUCGUCGGCCGAGAUGACGGUGCGCGGCGCUGAGGCCAGUGGCGUCUUUUCCAUGGGCCGCGGCCUCCGCGCCGCGCUCGUCCACGCCUGGCGGGUCCUUCUCCCACUCCGCGAGUGGGUCGAGGCUUUUGUGCUCUCGGCCGAGGCCGCUGCGGGCGGCAGUCCGCAGCUGGACGACAAGGCACUGUAUGACGAGAGCCCGCGCCCAGUCGGCGCGGUCGCGCUUCUGCUCGGCGAGUAUGCUGACGCACAGGAGAUGCUGGCACCACUGGUCGAGCUCAACCCGCACGUGGUCUUUGAUCUGGGCAUGCUUGUGGCCGCGCUGCGGUGGUCCGGCGCCCACGACGAUGCGAGCGCCCGGGUCGCGGCUGCCUCUGUUGCGCUCUCGGCGCAGUACAAAAAGUCCGCCUCGCGCAUGCACCCGACAGAACUGCGGCUCCUUGCCGAGCGCCUGGCGCAGGUCCACGAGCUGGAAGCUGUGCUCGCCCUCAGCAUUGCCGACGGUCGCGCCGCGGUGGAGGCUGCAGCCGCGGCCUACGCGCUGCGGACCAAGCAUCUCGGGCCUGAAUCUGCACUCACUGUCCUCUCGGGCUUGUGGGGCGGAGUCAUAGAGGCCCGCUGGCGCGGCAUGGACAUUGAGCCCAACGAGGCCAUGGUCGCCGAGCUUGUGGCGGGCGUCGAGUUUCUGCUGCAGACAGGGGCGCCUGGCGCGGCGCUUGCGGCCCGAGUCGCAAUCUGCGCCGCGCGGGCACUGGUGGCGUGCGGCAGCCCUAGCCCGGCAGUCGACGUCCUCGCGCGGGUCCUUGAGUCAGUUGCGGGUACGCUUCCGCGGCUGGGCGUCCAGAUUGCGCCGCAUGUCCGCGUGGCUGUUCUCGAGGCAUACGCCCGAUACGGUGGUGCCUCACCCGAAGGCGCCAUCCGCGCCGCCGAGCAAGUUCUUGCAGAGCAGCUCUCGCCCGAGCUGGCGGUCGAUGACGCGAUCGGUGCCAUGCGCUGGGCGCGCCCGGUCCUUGCCCGCGGCGCCAUUGGUGCAGCCUGCCAUGCCCAUGCGGUCUACUACUCGGUUGUAGUCGAUCUCCGGCGAUGCGCGCGUGCGCUGCGUAUUGCGCUCGCCACGCGAACCCUCCAGCCACAGGUGGUUGUGGCCCCGAGUCGCGCGAGCUCAGUCAGCUCGUCGUUUGAGCUGGAGUCGAUGGUCCGGCUCCCGGCCGCCGAGUCUUCCGGCUCGCUCGCACCCGAGCCGUUGCCGGCUGCGCCGGGGACCCCGUCGAGUCUCUCGGGCAUGCUGGCAGCGGUCGAUGGCAGCGGCGCUGCGCAGCAGCGAUGCAUCGUCGAGCUGGAGCGGCGGUUAGGCCUUGUCUCGCUGCAGAUGGGCCUCAACGACGACGCGAUGGACUUGCUGGAGAACAACGUCGACGACCUCGAGUACCUGGGGGCGAGUGCAGCUGAGCUUGCCGAGGCGCGGGCGUAUCUGGGGCGGGCGGCGCUCGAUCGAGGUGAGGCCGCAACGGCGCUGGCGCUGGCACGGGGGGCGGUCGACGCGGCGCUCCAAGCGUACGGCGCACACGGCUCGCUCUGCAUGUGGGCCGGAGCGCUCGAGUGCGAGGCGCUGGCAGUGGUUGGUGAGGACGCAGAACUCGGGGCGCGGCGUGGGGCGCUGCUAACAGCAGUCCGCGAGAUCGGGGUCGACGUCGGCGACGAGGGUGCCCAGCUGGCGUGGAAGCCGUUUGCGCUGCCAGGCCUUGGCCUCGCUGUCGCGCCCAAAAUCCUAGCGGCGCGGAUUGGGACCGAAGGCCGGGCGUACAUGCGGCUGGCGACGACAGCGGCGUCGGCUAGCGAAGCCAUCCGGUUUGUCAAGCUCGCGCUGCCGCUGCUCCGCGUCGGGCUCGGCGUGGAUGACGUGUGUGUCGCCGAGGCCCACGAGCUACUCGGGUGCUGGCUGCGGGCGUCGGGCCUGGUCGCCGAGGCGUACGCGCACUUUGAGGCUGCGUACGCGGUGUACAUCGGGCUCUGGCUCAAGCGCGGGACCGAGAAGUUGACACUCGGCACACUUGUAGCCGCCCACGAACAUGUCGCUUGUGCGCUGCUCGAUCUCGACAAGCCCGAGGCCGCGCUCGCGGUCUUCACCAUGGCGCUCGGCUACGUCGAGGUCGGGACCGUGGCUUUCGGGAGCGCCGGCGACAACGGCAGUGAGCGGGUGCUCGAAACCGAUGCCGAGUCGGACGAGACAGAGGAUGGGACGCGCGCGCCGGGUGCCGGCUUGGACAUGCCGCCGAGAAGGGGCGUAGGCGAGGUCGAUGUCGACGGCGCGGUGGCAUCAUCGUUUGUCUCGGCGUCUUUUGGACUCGGCGUCGCGGCGCCGAGCCCGCUCCUCCCACCGAGUGGGACUACAACAACUUGGUGGCACUCGUCCGGAGCGCGCGGCCGCAACGCAGUCGCGCUCUCGCCGUCGCAGCUUGUCGGCGAGCUCAUCGCAGAGUUCCGGGUCCACGGCGAGGAGCGCGACGCGCGGUGCGGGGCUGAGCGCUUCCACUCGCGCGCCAUGUGUCUCGCCGUCCUCCGCAUGCACAUGGCGAGGGUGUAUGCGCAGCUCGGCGAGGUCGAACUCACCAUUGCCGCCGCAGAGUCUGCGCUCUCCGCCGAGAUGGCGGUCGAGAUCUCGCUCCGGAUGGAUGGCACCUUCUACACCACCCUUGCCGCCGCAGUCGAGUCGGUCACCGGCAAGUGCACCUUUGCCGCCCGCCUCCGCAACGCCGAGGAGCAGACCGAGGUGCGGCGUCGAGUCGCCGCCUCGCUCCAGAGCAUGUGA